AUGAACUACCAGGAGAUGAAAAUGAGUCUCCAUGGGUUGACCAAGGAGUGUCAGCACAUUUGGGAAGAGAACAAAGAUAUGCAAGGAAGGUUCGUGAACGAUUUAAGCGAGCUACAAAGAUUCCAGUUGGCUAUUAGUCAACUGGAACAGAGUCAGAGGGUUGACCAGUUGAGGCAUGCACAGAAUUCGAUGCAAGAAAUGCAAUCCAGGACGUCUCACUUGUACGAACAGUUGACUGAACGCAGAAACUAUCUUGUAAGCUUUGAUUAUGUGCAUAUCACUAUAGUGUUUUAGCGUCUUAAAUUUAAGAUUUUUUCAAACGUAUUACUUAUAUUGAUUAUAGACAAAGCGGUUAAACGAAGGAAUCCAGCAGAUAGCCAUGUUACAGAGUACCUUAAUCAACGAAAGACUGCUGGAAUGGAAGAAUCGCCAAAAGUUGUCGCAAAUCGGGGUUCCAUUUGAGAAUAGGGACCUUCAGUUAGAUGAGAUCCAGAUGGAGUAUGGUUGUGUUUAGUAUUGUCGCUUGUUUUUUGUUGUGUGGUCUUGCUAUUACUAACAUGACUUGGUUUGUUUUCUUUCUUUUGUUUGCUGUAUUUAAUUUAUAUGUACUUUGUUAUCAAUAAAAAUAUCUUUCAUAUUAUUACCUUACACUGUUUGUUUGAUUUCAGCUUUGAAAUGCUAUGCGAAAACAACUGGCAGUUGCGUACGUUUGCAUGUUGGCAAUUAGACCUAUUACGUCGCAGCCCUCAGUUAUCAGACAAUACGGCACAAACCCAUAUCAGUCACUUGUCGCACAUUCACGAAACGUUGACCAAGCUCUUGUGUAUGCUAGUGUCGCAGUCUUUUGUCGUAGCCGUCCAGCCAGACCCAGUUCUGAAGACACAACAUAAGUUUGUGGCUGAAGUGCGGCUCUUAAUCGGCGACAAAUUGGGGAUUAAGCAACACUUGGUCAACGCCAAUGUCACGGUGAAGAUUGUGGCCGAAGAAGAGGCACGCUUGUUGAGCGUCAGUCAGUUGGCGGAAAAAGAUAUGUGAGUUAGAUAACCGUUGCAGUACUGAUUGGUAAAUUCACAUUUAAAUUUAUAGUUUUAGAAAAACCGUUGGCUCUAUCAGCAACGACUUUGAGAAGUUGACUUUUGAUGAAAGAGGACACAUGUCUGCCAAGUUCAAUAAUUCUGUAAGUAACUUGAUUACUAAUUAUGCAAAUAUAUAAUAUACAUGCCAAAACAUAAAAAGAAUAUUGAUAAAUUUAGAAAUUAACUAGAAUUGCACAUCGCAAACCACCGCCAAAGGGAAUUCAAGGAGAUUGCAAGAGUUUCAACGUCCAAACGGCUACUGAUCAGAAGUACGCUCUUCUUUUCCACAUCUCCCCGUUCCAAUUGGGUAACUUGGGCAAAUUUGACGUGUGGACUUUGUCAUUGCCACUUAUGGUUACUGUACACGGAUCGCAAGACUGCGAUGCCCAAGGUGUUAUCAUGUGGCAACGAGCAUUCUCGUCCGUGGUGAGUUAUAUGAUUUUAGUCAAAUAACAAAGUACUUUAAACGUGAACAUAAAAGUAAUUUUGUGAUAGAUUUAUCUUGUUAUGCAAGUUUUGUGAGUAAUGUUUGAAAAACUUAAGACAAAAAAGAACAAGACAUGCACCUAUACCUAAACAGAUUUGGGGCGUAAUUAAAUUGUCCAAUUUAAGACUCGAACUUCGGUCAACGAAGACAUCGCAGCUGUCACAUGGAAAGACUUGAGUCAAGUGUUGAGACACAAGUUCAACCUGUUCACGGGAACUCGAAGACCGUUGAAUGAAUCUGAUUUGAACUAUUUGGCAGAAAAGUUGAUCGUCCAGCCCGGACCAGAGCCCAAACCCAUAACUUUCCACAGAUUUGCUAAAGUAAAGAAUUUUAUAAUGUUACAUAUAGAGUACAAUAGGAAGGGGGACACGAAUAGAAAUUUUGAAUGUGUCUAUGAUAUCUAAUUAUUAUUAAACACACCGCAUUUUCAGCAAAACCUACGUGAAGAUGUGAACUUUUCGUUUUGGGAAUGGUUCUUUUUGAUAAUGCAAUUGAUCAAACAGAAGUUACUGAAGUUCUGGGACGAAGGAUGGCUGAUAGGCUUUAUCUCCAAGAAUGACGCUUCUAACAGAAUGUGCAUGUCACCCAUGCCUACCUUCUUACUACGCUUUUCAGAUACUCAAACUGGCGCAGUCAGUAUUGGGUUCGUGUGCGAAGAAGAUGGACAAAAGGUGCCAUUCCAUUUGGCUCCAUUCACCAUAAAAGACCUCGACCAGCUGAGUUUGGCCCAGAGAAUUGCAUCCUGUCCUCAGCUGCAAAACAUAAGGUAUGUACACAUCCUUAUGGGGUCUUUAAGCACAAUCUUUUAAAUAUUAUCAAAUUUUGUUACAGAUUCUUGUACCCUGACCAUGAUAAAGAAAACAUGUUACGCGUGUUCGAAGGAGAAGAACGUCCGAAGUCAGAAUCCCCGACAGGCUAUAUCCAAUCUCAAAUUGUAAUGGUGGCCAAGACUGGGUAAACCUACCAUUAUAUAAUACUCAUAUGGAAUACUAUUUUAGAAAAAUGAAUAUUGGUGGAGAAAGUCCGUCCCCAAUGUCCAACAACAGCAAGCUGGACUGGUCUCCGGGAGAUUAUCAGUCUUCUAAUUCUAUGGACAUGUAAGUUCCAUGACUUUAGCAGGGAAUCAAUGAUGGUACUUAAGAGAUCGAUAAACAUUGAUUUUGCAGGAGUGAUGACAUUGUCACCAUGUUUUCUAGUAGCCAGAUGGAGUCGACUAACGUGGAGAGUCUUCUUGGAGCUGGCUUCAGGCCUCAGCUACCCUCGCAACCUCUACAACAAAUCGACCUCUCGUUCAUCGACUCCCAAUUCCCCGGAGGCAACGGUCCCCACUCUUAUUCUGGUAUGAGCCAUCACUCAGAUGGAUAA